GCGACUUUGAAUAGAUGCCCUUCUGUUGGUGGAAUAGAACUAUCUUCGUUCUCAGCCCCUUGUUUUUUUAACCACGGCGAAGUAAAAACAUGGCGGCUUCUAGUGGCGACUGGGGUGACGACGGUCGAUUUUAUGAUAAUUUUGAUCAAGGAGGUCAAAGAAAUUUUGAGCAUUUUGGUGGUAAUGGAAGACAAAGAAGAGGUGGUGGAGGAGGUGGUUAUGAGAGACGUGGGGGCGGUGGUGGUGGUGGUGGGUAUAACCAACGUUCCGGAGGUGGUGGUGGUACCAGAUACGAAAUACCAACUGAGCCUCCUUUCACUGCUUACGUUGGUAAUUUACCAUUUCAGUGUGUUCAAGGAGAUGUUGAUGCAAUAUUUGCAGAAUUAAAGGUGCGGAGUGUUCGUCUUGUAAGAGAUAAAGAGACUGACAAAUUUAAAGGCUUCGCAUAUGUUGAAUUUGAAGAUAAAGAAUCUUUAGAAGAGGCUUUAGAAUUUGACAAUGCACAAUUUGGUGACAGGAAUCUCCGUGUAAAUGUUGCACCACCACGUGACAAAAAUGCAAGCGGGAGAGGAAGAGGACGGGGAAGAGGGGGAUUUGAUGGUGGAAGAGGUGGUCGACGAGAUGCUGGUGGUGGACGUGAUCACCAAGAUGGAGGUUUUGGUGGUGGUCGUGGCCGCGGUGGUAGGGGAGGUUUUCGAGAAGGUCGUGAGAAUCGAGGUGAACGUUAUGAUAAUGGCUUCAGACAAGACAGAAGGCCUCCACAAGAAGAAUUUAAAGAACCCUCUUCAGAGGAGCUAGCAAACCGACCACGCCUAAAACUUCUGCCUCGUUCCGUGAAGGAUCCAGUGUUAGACGUAGCAGAUAAAACGCAACAAAUGAGCAUAUUUGGUGGAGCCAAGCCAAGAGACGAAACAAAAUAUCAGCAAAAGGUUUAUGAGAAAGAGGCUAUAGAAAAACUAGGUGAAGAUCACGAAGAGAAGGCAGCUGAAACCGAAUAAGUACUCAGCUACUUUUCGUGAUUUUUCCCUCAUUAUAUAAGAAAAAAGUUAUCGUUUGAGCUAAUCAAGAUGGAAGCUGCUGGCGAUUAGAUGAAAAUCGCAGAAGUUUAAUCGAAGUAGAAAAUCGUGAACCUAGAUAGCCCGAUGGCAACAAUGUUAAACUGGACUCACGUAUAUGUACGUCUCUUAUUUUUAAACUUGUGAGAGCUAGGGAUAAAUAUGACUUCUUGUUCAAAAUUUCCUGUAAUUUUUUUUUUGCGAAUUUGUAUUGCAUGCAUUUAAAAAUGACUAUAUGAAGCCUUUUUUUUCGAAGAAACAUAACAUGUAAGUCUCUUUUGUGUUCUUCCAUAAUUGCGUUUUGUGAAGCUAAAAAUGUUAAAAAGUCUUUUUUCUCCGGAUCUUAUAAAAUUCUUUUCUCGCGGAUAGCAAUUUUUUUCUCUUGCCUUUUUCUUGUUUGUUUUUAUUAAAAAACGAUGUUUCUACUGCUGAAAAUAAAGAAUUUAUUCUUUAUUACAAAUUAAUAGUUUUAUUAUUCAAAUUAUGAAUUGUAAAAUUGUUUAGGGUAUGAACAAUCGUAUUUAUAAAAGAAAAUUAUUUAACUCUAA